AUGGGACGAGGUGUGAGCUCUCAAACUGGGGUCACUGAGUGCAGCACGGAUAAGAUCUUGGAGAAGCUUACGGCUGCCGUGAACACUCAGAAUAAGACCUCUGAGCAAAAGUUGGAUCACAUCUUGGAGAAGCUCACUGCGGUCAUGAGUUCUCAGAAUCGGCUCUUUGAGCACAAGAAUGACAACAUCAUGGAGCAUCAACCUAAAACGACCCCGACGCUUCACGUUCUGACCCCUCUGACACCUCCUACUUAUCCACCGCUGCCCGCUGAUGCUCUGGGCCCAGAGGUCUGUCUGGCCACGGAUUUUUAUCCAAAGGAUGAAGAAAUGAUUCUGAAUGUGAGGGGGGGCCCAGUCACCGUGAACACCAGCAACGCCGUUCUGUCCACAAAGACUAAAACCUACUACUUUGUUGGAUUCAGCAACGAGACCAUCCACUCCUGUGAGCUGUUAGGAGCCUCCUCCAACAACGAAGCUGAUGACGCCUGCAGCAGCAUCUACCCAGAAAAAGCAAAGCUCAACUUCUACCUGCUGGUGAUGAAUGGAGUCAGAGUGCUGUUCACCAAGACGUUGGCCUUCAACACCAUCCUGACCAUCAGAGGUCUGCUGCUCUGAGUCGACGUGAGAUCAGAGCUUCAGCUUCUUUCUCCUGUUUCUGAUAAAAGCACAAACGCUCAGUCUUCUGUAAAGUCACACUUAGAGCACAAACAUUUGUGGGUCUGAUUUUAGGAUCAUUUGCCUUCAUAUAAGAGCAACGUUUCAAAUUCCAACAACAUCUAAAAGUAAACAGAAAUUUUGACCCAAAUGGAAAAACAUGGAAACACAUUUUUAUCAUUUUGUUGUA